CCCGCGGCUCUCUCUCGACGGCGAAAAGGUUAGGCGGAGGUUGAUGGGGGUAGGCUUUGAUCUCUCUCUCUUCUCUCGCAUGCAGGGCACCUCGUGAAGUCGCCAGAAAGCAGCCUAUACUGCGCAGGCAGCACUCUUAGAGGGUGCCAUAUACCGAAGUGGUAGUAUUCUCAAAGUGUAGACUGCGCUGUUUCAUGAGCAUCUCCAGAGAAACUGCCUAUGCGUGGGUAGCGUUCUCGUACUGAGAGCAGACUACUCCGCACCAGGUAGCACUCUCUGGGGCAGCUAUGACUGGAACAGAUAGCGCGCCUUUCAGGGUAGCAUAAUAUCCAGGUAGUGUUCUCUAAGAGUAGCAUAUACCACAGCAGAUAGGACUUGCUUUCUGUGGCAAGACCACGGGAAGUUAGGGAGUUGCUUAUUCCGGUCCGGUUCGCGGCGGUUGCACACCCCCAAGAGUGAGCGUCGUGCCAUUCAUGCGAGAGAAGAAAGGGAGAGAGGAGCUUACUCGAACAAGCGGUCUGGUAUAUGACCUUCCGGAAAAAAAAUCCGUUAUCAGCACGGUCCCUUCUACGACGAAUAUCCGGUCUGUUUCCCAGCAACAGACCGAGACGAACAACAUUUCUGUUUCCCAGCAACAGACCGACACGAACAACAUUUCUGUUUCCCAGCAACAGACCGACACGAACGACAUUUCUGUUUUUCAGCAACAGGCCGAGACGAACGACAUUUCUGUUUUUCAGCAACAGGCCGAGACGAGCGACAUUUCGGCUCUCUCUCGACGACAACAACAUUUGGCGGAGGUUGAUGAGGGACUUGCUUUCUGUGGCUGGACCUCGAGAAGUUGGGUAGUCGCAUAUUCCGGUCCGUUUCCGUGGUUGCACACCCUCAAGAGUGGGCGUCGUGCCAUGCAUGCGAGAAAAGAAGGGGAGAGAGAAGCCUACUCGACCAAGCGGUCUGGUAUAUGGCCUGCGCGCAGAUACCGGCCAGGUUGCUCAUUGGAUUUAAAACGUCUUCGUUGUCGCGUCUCUUCAACAAAUGCACUGGGGAGCCCCGAGGCAACGGUUGUUGAAGAGAGUCCGCACGACCAAGCGGUUCAAGCGCAACGUUGACAAUCCACCAAUACGGGGGCAGUUCAUGACUGCCUUCUGGGUGAAGUCGGGUUUUAGUGGGUAUGGCGAUUUCUCGAGAGUCGCAGAGUCCCACAUAACUUUUGAGCAGGGCAUCAUAGUCUUGUUCAAGAGUAUGCGUAAUGCAUUCUUCCCGAUCCUGGCACCAGUCGCUUUAUGCGCGCUCUUACUCUCUCUGUCAUUUUCUGUAUCUGCUUCUCUGAUGCUGCUCUGUUCUGAUUUAUGCUGACAAGCUGUUGCGCUGGCUUGU